AUGGCCAAUUGCCCCAGGUACCCUCUAGAGAUCACAUCUCUCGUCACGUCGAAGGAGGAUACCUUCGCUCACUACAAUCCCAACUCGCCAGAAAUCAUCCUUAAAGCCCUUGACAAUUUAGGCAAAUACAUCGAAGAUGAAGGCCCUUUCGACGGCGUCAUAGGCUUUUCUCAAGGCGCUAUGCUCGCUACAUCCUAUGGCAUCCACAAAUAUCAGGAAGACCCAGGCCAGGAAGACACGUAUCUACAAAAUUUCGACGCUAUUAUUCUAGAGUUACGUCGGUCUCCGUAUGUGGUUACAUACAAGCAUAGCGGUGGCCAUGAGGUCCCAAGCUCCACCUCUAUGGAGGCGUUGGCUGAGACAGUGAAGAUGAUCAAACGGGCGAUCAAUAUGGCGCGCAAACAGCACGUAACUUCGAUCUAG